AUACUAAUACCGGUAAAAGCUUUGUCGCUUCCAAUAGGGUAAUAUGUACAGUAAUAUGUAUUCGCUUGCUACUUAAUCCAUAAUUCUGAGUAUUGAACUAAAGAUCUAGACGGAGAACUGGAAAACUAAAAGUGCACCGAGCCCGAUGUUAUCAUUAAUGGCCUAGAUUUUUUUGAAAAGACCAGGAAGCAAUUUCUGACAGCUAGCGGCUUGUGUAUCAAACACGACAGUUAUUGGCCGCUGCGCCUAGUAAAGUGAAAAACGUUUAUGAAUCUCAUCGCACGCGGAGAUACACCGGGAGCCUGGACUUCCAUUCCUAGGACUACCAUUCCUGCCACACCGUAUUACCAAAAGUUUUACUAAAUAAAUAAAGGUAAAUGAGACAAUCACCAUGACAACAAUGAUGUAUCAGGCCCCCCAGGUAGUGAGGCAGCCGGUGAUCAUCACAGCGCCACCUGCUGGAAGUUUUUCGCCGUUUAUCGCUGAAAAGUACAUGCACAGAGCUGGUGUGGGACUUGGCAUAACACAGACUGUUCUUGGGGUUAUCUCUUUCAUCUUUGGUGUUGUUUUUACUGCAUGGAUUCCGGCAAGAUUCCUUGGAAGUAUUAACCAUCACACCGGGGCAGGGGUGUGGUGUGGCACUGUGUUCGUAGUGACUGGAGUACUGGGGAUUUUGACACGCAAGAAGAAUAAGGGAUUGAUCAUCUCAUACAUGAUCAUGUCCAUCGUAUCAGCUGUUAUAUCAUGGAUUGUAUUGAUAGGAAUAUCUUCUAUUGACCUUGCAGCAGUUAGAUGGCAUUUUUUGUUUGACUGGGACUAUUACGCAAGUGCCCCCAUUUCAUAUGCUAGUGUCAUCACGGGACUGUCUGGAUUUUUUAUCUUCCUCUCCUUUGUAGAGGGACUUGUAGCCGUUAUCUCAGCAGCCAUUUGUGGCCAUGCCGUCUGUUGCUGUUCCAAGCCUUCUAGUCAGGGAACAGUCACCUAUACAGUACCCAACACUGGACAAAAUACUGUGGCUUACAUGGUACCUGGACAACAAGGCUUUGUGUACUAUCCACAGCAGGGGCCCCAUGUUGGAGGUUACAACGCCCAGCUUAUGUAUGCCCAGGGACUUCCAGCUUACAACACUGCCCAACAACAACAACAACCACUCCAGGCACAGCCUCCAGAAAAACAGCCAAAGGGUGGCGCCACAGGACAGGAGGCAGAAUCUCUGUAACAGAGGGUUUAAAGCCCAGUAGAAAUUGGUCAAAAUUACAUUUUUUGUGUAGCUUUUGUUAAAUGAUGCCAAUCUAUUUCUUAUAGGUAACAACUUCAAACUUUUUGUACAAUGUUGCUUGUUGUCUUUUUUUUUAAUUUUAGACCAAAAGCUUAUAUGUAUUGGUCGGUAGUGGACCAAAAUUGUCAGGCUUUAAUUUCAAUACUUACAUUUAUUUUCCGUCCUAAAGUAAAGGCAACCUUUCAAUGUAAGCAACCUUAUAAAACCAGGCCCUGGAGUAUUAUUGGGUUUAAAAUAUCGUGCUUACAACACAAAUGCAGAAACUAAAAUUGGUGGAACCCAAAAUGAUGAAAUUUGGAAUCUCCAAAUGAGGAGUACAAGUAUGGACUUGUAUCCUAUCUAAUUCUUGUUUUAAGUUGAACUGGGGAGGUUUAUACAGCUGGUCAGUGCCCACAGAUCACAUGGUUGCGGUUCUACACGUGUACCUCCAUUAAAACCAAAAGGCAGCCGAAACUGAAAGCGCGCAACGCAGCCCUAACCCCCUCAGAGAAUGCCCUUGCUUGGAAUUCGACAUGAUAAUUUGCUUCUGCUGAUGGACAAUUUUACUUUCAAUAGCAUGAUAUUGGCCAGAAAUUUUACCAAAGUUGUAACUUCGGGUGUUCGUGAAACCCGAUAAAAUAAUACAAUAAUUGUCAAUUUGUAGAGUUUGAAAUAUUCCCCCUGAUAUUCAGCACUUCAAUAUAUAUAUAUAUAUGUUAACCACCCCAUUAGUCACUGUACGUACUCACUGUAGAUAUCGUGAUAGUAGAUCGUUUUUGUUUCAGAAUCUGAUUUCUUACAUUUUAACUUAUAAUCAGACCUAAUGCUUUUGUGUUACACUAUGUGAUGUAAAACAUUUUAUAUGCUCUGUUUUCAAGUGGUUUGCAAAUAGAAUUGUUUAUGUUAACCUCCUUAAUUAGUUUUAAGUUAUGAUAUUAUCACGCCAGGCUACUAAAAAUUAAGCUAAGAGGUAGAAAUUAAAAUCUCAGAGUGUACAUUAGUGCAUAUUUUACAUGCAUGAAAAAAAUAUUAUGCAUAAGAAGGUGAGAAAUGCAUUUCCUAUGAACAAGUUUUACAUCAUUUUAUCUUAAAAUUUUCAUUUUGUAUCUUACACACUAUAAACAAUGCUAAGCUUAGCUUAGGAAAGCUUUGGAAGUUAUGUUGGAUCAUGUGAUCCAUUCGUUUGUUUCGUUCACGUGAUAAAUUUUGAAUUUGUGAUUUUUAAUGCGUUUUUUGAUAGUUAAGUUUUAUUUAUACAGAAAGUAUAUAAAACGGUAGAAAUCUCAUAGACUCUCUCAAAUUGCACUUUCCGCCCCUUAUACCAAAUGUGCUAUAGUGUGACAGAUGUGUACAUGUAACCCUUAUAUUAUUAAUUCAUUUUGCUUUAAAUCAACAGUGUCAUAUAGAAUGUAGAAUAAAAGUUUUUUUCUUAAAGGAAAUUAAAUAAAUAUUUGUUUAUCUGAUA